AUGCUACCAAGUCCUGAGAGUCCUACGAGUCUACCUACGACACCGACCAGCCUUGAUACAAUCUUGCAGGCUUCAUCCACCUCAUCCUAUGGACAAAUAAAACCAAAAUGGGUGGCGGAUCAGUCUCGACCCGUCUUUGACCGUUGCUUUCCUUGCAAUUUUGUCCUUAGACUUCCACCUGUCCGUCCUUGGGAGCACCUUGGGCGCACUAUGGAGUCCAAGACUUCGCUGUCGCCCUUCGGGGAUGACCGCCGUUCGCUGAAUCAGAGCCCUUCGCCUUCAGCCCUACGAGCGCUCACCUCGUCCCGCCUCAGUUUCGGUCGCUCACGACGGGACUCUUGCUCCACGAAUUCGACUUCAACCUCUUCGGCCCGCUCAUCUAUUGACUCAACCACCUCGCCAUCAUGCGUGUUCAUAGUAUGGGCCGCCGUCCAGCGUAACAAGUCUCAAAAGAUGACGGCCACUGAUCGUCUCGAAUGUCCAAUGCUUCGCUGUCGGAAGAGGUUUCCAGACCAUGCCGCUAUGCUGGAGCAUCUCUACGAAUGCCCUCAGCUUGGCACUGGCGAGUAUUGGUGCUAUGAGUGUAGCAAGGCCGAGAAGUUCACCGAUGGAAACUGCAAACGAUGCCUCGGCCAUCCUGGAAAGAGACGCAAGAUCAUGAGCGUCGCUAAAAACUUCUUCUCAUCUCUGGGGCAUAAGUCAAGAAAUAACCAGAGAAUUCCCGACUUCCGCCUGGACAACGUAUCCGAAGUCGCCAUGGCACCACCUCCGAGUUACGACGACUCCUUGCACAUCCAACCACACCAAGUUGAGCUUUCUUCGUCGUCGGAGAUCUUGGAGAUUGACUCAGUCGAAGUUCCCUGGCCUUUACCCUCGAAUGCAAACCGCAACACUAUGGUUACUCAACCCCAUGUAUCUAUGGGCAUGGUUCCGGCAAAUCUCCAGCACCCAAACUCGAUUCUGCCCGAUCCUUGGUUUGCGCAGAAUAAUUUGGACAUCGGCGAGAAUACCAUGGGCAAAGCCGACCGGCCAUUGUUGGCCCUUGAUACUGACGUUUUUAGCCAACCCCGCAAACAACUGCAGCCCACGACAAGAACUAAGAAUCUAUCGCCAAGCAAUUCACUUAGAUCAAACGCGAGCACUGAUACAACUGCUAGCUACCUCAUUUCGCCCGCGUCUGCCUAUAGUGGCGCAUGGACAACUGCCGAGACAAAUAUCACAUCACCGACCUCUGACGGCGGCUCUGGCGGAUAUCUCUCCAGAGGAUGUUCUAAUGCGAGUCGAUACUCAAAUAACAGCGUGGAGCCAUAUAACUUCAUUUCGGAGCUUCCGGCAGAUGACAUUCUACUGCAACCUUUUCCUAUGACACUUCCGGCCGUUGAUUUCGACCAGACGGCAUCCUCAUUGGAGAUACCAGCCGCCGUUAGCCCAAUAUCCGAAGCCGCCGAUGUUCCUGCUCAGCAAACAUUCGACAUUCGUGCGCUCAACAAACUUUCGGAAGAGGCUUUGUUUGAUCAUGUUGUCGACGCCAACUCGCUCGUCGGAUCGGCGUGGGAUACCCUCAAGACUCACAUCAGCUCCUCCCUGGAAAAGCUGCAGCAUGUCCCAUAUAGUGCUCUCGUAGCACAGCUGAAAGAUCUCUCGACGCAACAAGUAGCAGACAAGGCCCUCGUUACGUUGAAGGGCAUGUCUGAGGGUAGACAACCUGCUACCAGCAUCGAUAUCCUUUGCUUCGUUCAUCUCAUCUAUUCCAUCUCGCUCGUCGUCCACGAAGAUGGUGCUCGGGACCACUCCAAGGAUCUAUUUGCUCAAACAUCUCUGUACGGCAAUGUGCUCCCUGAUUGGGAGAAAUCAGAUUAUCUUCGAGUGGCAUCAGCGAUUUGGCAGCCCUUGGAUCUAUCUGCCGGGAAACUGGAUGGCGUUCUAUCAAGAAAUUACGGGGGUGAAGUUUCUCGGUCGUCGAGCAAAAAGGGCAAAGAACGGGAUCCUGGUCUAUCGACAUAUCAGCCGGAACCUGGACAGGAUAAAUUGUUGGAGGUGGCAAUGUUCUUCCUAGAUGAGUUGGACUAUGCUGUCCUGUCCAGCGGGCAACCCGAGUCGGACGAAGUCUUGACCUCGCUACUUUGGGCACAGCAUUGGCGAUACAACACCGAUCGGGCUCCAUUGAACGGUGCACUGUCUGCAAGCUUCAAAGGAAUUCGUAGCAAACUCAACCAAGACUUCCCUCACGCCGAUGGUCUAAGUGCAAAGUUGAAGCGUAUUCAGAAGCGCAUCAACGAUGGUAAUAUUUGGUGCGCCAGGCAAGCAGAGAUAGAGCUCAUGCAAGCCGGUAAAAGGUCCAUGGUGUUGUCGAACUACUUUAAUCAUUAUGUCCCGACCGUCAGGGCGCAGUCAGAGGUCCUCUACGCCAAUCCAGGGACUGUCUCACGGAUAAGCUAUUACGCAUACGCUAUCAAUCUGGUGGAGUCUAUCAUUCGCGGUAUCUGCACAAAGGAGAGGCUGGAGAAGGCCACUCCAAACCCUUCCAAGAUGACGAGCGAAGCGGCCCUCGAUGAUUUCAUGAAUCUGACAACGACCUUGGGCGACACAACUUGGGGCGAUGUCCAGACUACGACGACCGACGCGCCGCUUAUCCCGUCGUCCAUGCCUGAUAUUGAUAUUUGCAUGGAUGUAGAUAGCAAUGGCUUGUCGGAUCAGUUGAAGAUGUUCUUUGAGGAGGGUGGAGUUCCAGCAGCGCCGGCCUUCCGGACACCACCAUCCACGACACAGCCCAACAACGCACCUGACAAGUCUGGGGCCAAAGUCCAGGAAGAUCUACCUUCGAGCUCAGCACCAAAGACAGAGGCUGAGGCCAACGAGAAGUGUGAAAUCUGUGGAUACCGGCCAAAAGGCCAUCCUCAGUGGUUCAAGGGGAGCAUGGCAAAGCACAAGAAAAUGCAACACUCGACGGCGCCGCCAAAGAUUUACAAGUGUCCGUUUCCGGGGUGCACAAGCCAGUAUAAGAACCGACUAGACAAUUUAAAGCAGCACCAGCAAGACAAGAACCACUUUGUGGACGGGGAAACCGAGAGGAGACCGAGCAAGAGGAAGAAGAGAGACUAG